AUGAAAUUCCAAAUGACUACAAUAGUCAUUUGGAAAUAAAAAAAGAAUAGAAAUUGUUUAAAUAAUGCAAUUACAAAUUGCGGUAAUUCGGUCAAUGUAGUCUUGAAAACAGAAUUAUAAAUUUAAUUGUAAUAAAAUUUUCAUAACUGCAAUGAUAUAUAUGCAGACAUUUUGGAAUCAUCGCAACCUGGUUCCGAAGAUAGCAUGUUUUGGAACAAAUUUAUUAAACAUUUUUAUGAUAACCAUUUCAUCAUCUUUUUGAUAUAAAAGAAAGGUUUUCUUUUAACAAAACUUUCAAAUCAAGAUCGAUUCAGAGAUCACUUGUCAUUCCUGUCGACUCCUGAAUGAUGAAUAUGCAGAAGCUAGGAAAACAUUUUCCUUAUUUUAUGGAUUGAUAUUAUUUUAUCAGCGAGAAAACAACGUACGACAUAAAAUUAGAAUUUUUGUUAAAUAAGUAAGUGUUAACAACGGAAUUGUGACGAAUUGAUACUUUUGCAAUUAAGUGAGCAAGUGUCGACAUCUAUCAGUACGAAUCAUUAUCACAGAGUAGAAAUUUAGAACGGCCAACAGCAAAUAAACAGUUUCCUAACCUAAAUCGGUACUCGCGUGCGUGUAUGGUUAUGUGUCACAUGUUCUAAAGGAUGCAGGAAUCAGGAAAAAUGAAUGAAAAAGAGCUUUUUGAACUGCUGAGUGACCUGAGAAAAUCGAAGCAAAAUGGGAAGCUGGAUACUGACGAAAAACUUGCGCAGCAGACUCUCAAGUGGCGGGAUACUCUGGAGUACCACGUCCUCGAGACAUCUGUCAGACAUCAUAGCGAAGAGUGUAGACUGGAGACAUUGGCGCUCUUGGUAGAAUCGAAAAAGAGCACCUUGCGUUUCACACGCAUGGAACUUGACAUGAUCCUGUCAUUCCUCAGGUACAAUUUUGGUGAGAAGAUGGAAUACGUGCCUUAUAUUAAAAAGGCUCUGAAACGGUUGAAGGAUAGCUUGGCUGUUAUGCAGAGGCAAUUGGCUCAGGAGGAAAAAAUGAGAAGUCGUUUCAAGGAACAAGACGUCACUUCCGAAAUAUACGAGAGCGUCUUGGCUUCAUCCUACCAAAUGUCUAAGCAAAUCGUACGGGAUAUGAAGGAGUACGCUAUGUUCUUCAUAGACCUGCGUCAAGCUUGCGUGAGCAAUCUGUAUCCAGACGCGACGUACGAUCGUAGACGCUCGAGCUUGCAGAUGCUUUUGCUGAUGCAGGAGCUCUUGCGCGAUGAGUACAGGAGCGUCGAAUGGACGAAGGAGCAGGCCGAGACGAUAUUCCAGUGUUUACUGCUGGACACUUAUGAGCCCAACAAAGAGAUGGCGUAUCAAAUAUUAAAACCUAUGAACCCAACUCUGUUGGGCUUGGAUUCCGAAGUACGAUUAAUGAUCAGAAUCGCGCUUGAAUUGAGUAACAGCAUGCGACCCAUAGACAGUGCCACAGCUGCAUACAUGUUAAAGAUAUCAAAACGGUCACCCGUUAUAAGGGAUGUUCUAUGCCACUACUGCGACGUGGAAGACAGUGUUGUGGAGGGCGUGACGCUACAACUCGUGUUGUUGCUGCAGAGAAAGUUGCAGAAAGCACUAGCCUCAACGAAGCUGAACAUCGGAACGGCGUUUCUUAAGUGUUCCGUAUACGGUUGCUUAUUCUGCGUGAGAAGUUUGUUCUCUGACUGCGACUUGAGAAGCACAGGACUGGAUGAGGCAUGGCGGGAUGCCAUAGGGAAUGUCACAUCACUGUGCUUUGAGCUAAAUCAAAGCGUUUCCGUGAUAGUAAAUAAUUCCUCGCCAGAGGGGCAUUUGCCGAUGGACCUGAGAAGUACGUUAGAUUUUAGGGAUCAUGUCCCGUGCUGUGAGCAGAAGAUCGUAACGCCGCAGAUGGUGUUGCUUUGUUCUUGGCGUACCGUUAAAGAAGUCAGUCAGUUGUUCGGAUUGCUCGCCACCAAAGCAUCAAUACAGACCGACAGUUCUUCAGAUGGAUUACUAAGGAAGGAACAAAUUGAGGAGAUAAUGAAGCAUUUAGUCUCACUAUUAUGCGAAACAAAACACAGGGGUGCCUUCGAACAGGUGUAUGUCGGCUUUCAUCAAUUGUGCACACGACUUUGGCGAUUAACAGAUACCGCUUUAAAUUUACUUCCCCUACGGUGGCUGCAUGACAUACUAAUAGGAAUCACGGGAUUAAUGCCGGGAUACUCGAAAUUAUGCGCGACAAGAAGGAGCGCUGGCGUUCCGUUUAUGAUACAAGCAGUGCUAUCUUCGGAACCAGGUACUUGCGAUGAUUUCAAAAUGUCUGCGUCUCAUUCAGUUAUGAAAAUUUUAUUACAAUUUACGGAGCUCGAGAGCACAAUUAAUUUAUGGGAGAAAGUAAGAUGCAUUGUAUACAAGGAUACGAUAUUCUCCCAGUACAAGCAUUUAAUCGAGCCUUUAAUAGAAAACAAACAUAGUGAUGAAGAAAUUAAAGUUGAGAUUACCCAGAUAAACAUUCAUUCUAUGAACAUUCUCAGGGCUUUAUUCAGGCAUUCUCAACUCAGAAACAUGGUCAAGAAUUACAUUGCGAAUGGCUUGUUGGUGGCAUUCAAAAGUUACGACAGUAAAACGUGGACAGAGCGUAAUGCGGCCGCGUUAUUAUUUAGCGCACUUAUAGUUCGCAUUUUUGGCGUCCAAAGAACCAAGGAUCACAUCAAUCUGACAACAGAUAACAAAAUGACAGGAAAAAUAUUUUUUGAACGAUAUUCCACUCUUCUGCCUUUCAUCCUGAAUGAAUUACGAACUUUCGUAUCGAUUAAUAAUACCGAGAUCAAAUCGAACGUGCAAGCAAUUUUACUGUUACUGUCACGAUUGUACAUUAGUUACCAUUUCGACGAUACGGAUGUCACGUGGAAGAUAAACGAAUUUGUUAAUUUAGUAUCACAGUGUGCUAAAAGCCCCGAACAUAAAACACGUGAGCUUGCAGCUAGAGCACUAGUACCAUUACUAACAGAGAGUACAGCCUGCGACGUUGUGAGAAAAUUGUUUUUAGUUUUAUGUAAAGCGCGGGAUACUCGAAUCUCAGCAAAUCUGAUACACGGCUAUUUGUUGCAGAUUCUAGAAAUUUUAACAAAAUUGCCAUUGGUCGGCGUACAGCUACUUAAAUCUGACGCCACGGACCUUUUACGUUCGACGGAGUGGAUACUGAAAGACUUGGAGAACAAAAGCAACGGAUUCAGUUGUUUCCCGAUAGCUGCCGUAUACAUCGAUAUUCUUCACAAAUUAUAUAAUUUAAAUAAAGACAUGCUCGUAAGUUGCGGACAACUAAGCAUGGACAAUAUGUUGCAUAUGUUGCAGCAACAUUUAACGGAGGAACGUCUGUUGAAACAAGGGCCGGGCGAGCAAAUGUACAAAGUAUCCGUGAUCAGAUUCAUUCUGCGUGUCGGGGAGCACUCGAGUUUCCUGCAGACGAUGCUCGACGCGCAGAGUAACGCGCAUAAAAUAUACUCGCGACUCUUGAUCAAGCGUGACGUUGAGAUACAGAGUAUCGCAUGGAACACUCUUUUUGAAGUGUUGGAGAGGGAACCUCAGCAGCAAAAACAGUUACUAAGCGCCUAUGCUGUUCGUGCAGCUGCUGGUCUCACCGCCGAGCGGUUCUACUCAUAUUGCCCUAAAACGGAAGAUGCGCUCUUUAACUUCUUGUACAAGAGUCUGAUGGAUACGGAUGAACAUUGUACCGCCGCCAAACGUGAGAUCUGCGACUUAGUUUUGGAGAAGAUACCACCGUGCGACGGAUUUUAUUCUGAUCGGUUUAGCUACUUCAGAGUACUCGGGAAAUGCAUGACGACGGUGAUUCAUGAGUUAAAGGAUGAAAAACUUGAGACGAAGCAUAGAGAGCGCGUCUACAGAGGAGUCUGCAACAAUGUUGGUUGGAUGAGUGACCUGCCCGAAGAUUGCAGAUCCUCGUUUUUCGAUAUAUUGUACGAUCUUUUCGAUAAGAACGACGUGGAUCCCAAGCAUUGCCAUCCCACGCUGGACUGGUGGACAAUGCUGUUACAAUUAUUGGUUAACGAUAACGCGGACAUUCGGCGAAGAGCGUCCGAGCUGGUUUGCAGGAUCGAACCGCGCAACGAAUUGGAAUGCAUUGAGAGGACUUUGCCGGUAUUCUUGCAAAAGUUUAAUGAAACGAUCGCCGAUAAAUGUCCCGGAGUAGCGAUUGUCGCUCUCUUCUACUGGAGCGUUUUAUCGUUUGGAGACAUGUUUGACGAGAUCGACGAGACGGAGAUAUUUGUUAAAUAUAAGAAUUACAACGUCUUCGAGCCAGUGAGGAUAUCGGAAUUAUGUUUUGGUCUGACAAAGAAGAUAAUGCAACGAUACUCCAUUGAUAGCGCGUUGCCACCGGGCGCUCUGAAAUGGAUAGAUGACCGUGUACCGCAUAUCAAUUUCCAUGCAUUAUCGUCUUUUAAAGACAUCGUGCGUAAUUAUGGAAUUACUAUGUCGACUGUCGAAAGGAGACUGGACGCGAUUUUGGAUCCGAUGUACAAGGAUCGCUUACUGAUAUAUUCAGCGUACGAAAAAUAUGUGUCGUUAGAGUAACGUCACGCAAAUAUAUCUAAUUGUAUUAUAAGCUACGAAUAAAUGCGCAAGAGUUUCGUAAAGUAA